GGUUAUAAUGAAUCUGGGUGGCAAAUCCGGUUAAUGUGCAUAUUGUCUUUUGAGUCCUCCUCGGUCUCUCCUCUAAACGAUUCUCGUCCAUCUUCCUCAAGUCUCCCUUCUUUCCAUCGCCGGUAGAUCUGCCGUUAGCCAUCGGUAAACGCGGCGGGGGAAAUCGAUUAAUUCUCAAGUCUCUGCGUCAAACCGGUGUGGGAGAAAUUUAGGCUAACGGAUCUCUCAACCAUGGACGAGGAAGCAACAAAACCUAGAGACUCCACCGCGAAUCAGCAGCAUCAAUACUAUUACGGAACGUUUCAAGGCGUUGCGAAUUAUCAUCCUCCGGCUCCGCCACCGCAGCAUCCUAUUGCUACGACUCCCUUGUUUCAUCCUGGGUAUGCUUAUCAGAAUCCCCAAGGUCCUCCUGGUGGUGGUUUUGUUAAUUAUGCUCAAGGAUUCCCAGUUGUUCCUGUAUUGAAUCUGGGUUUUGCUGUUUCAGAAUAUACGGUGGUUGAGGUGAGACAGAUGAGAGAGCAUCAUGACCUUCCUUGCUGUGGCUUUGGCAUGGGCUGGUUCUUGUUUAUAAUGGGUUUCUUGUUCGGUGGGAUCCCUUGGUACCUAGGAGCUGUUAUUAUUCUGUGCACGUCUGUUGAUCACCGCGAGAAGGCAGGUUACGUUGCCUGUGCAAUCGCAGCCGUUGUCUAUUUGAUUGCCGUAACGCUCGGGAUGGCCGGGAAUGUUAGCAGCAUCUGGUGAAACUACCUUCAUAACUCAAUCCUACAUAUAUGUAGAUAAGAUCAUGUCACUGAAGAUUCUAGUGAUUUGCAGAACGAAAAAAAUACUUUGUAAUUAUGUGUUACAAAAUAUUUUAUAAUGUUUUAACAACUAUGUAUAUGCUGAUAAUUCUCUUGAUGACAUCUUCAAUUAAUAUAUUCGUGUGAUCUGUUUUGUUUGGUGGCUACAAUAUAAGGAUCCAAUGAAAUCUUUUGGUACUUGUAAACUGAAGAAAGUUCACAAUGUUUUCAGAGUAGCUCUUUUUAUUUG